CCGCCAUGUCGGGCGAAUUCAUCGUGAAGGACAAUCCGUCGGUCGAUGGCUCGGACUCGUUCACGUUGCCUCCUGCCGCCAUCAGUCCCUCCAAGAUGGAUGCGGCCAACAGACGAUCCUCCAAAUCAGACAACCCGUCGUCCCUUUGCUUCCCCGCCUCGCCAGCCUCCCCGGAUCUGGCCUUCGGGUCUAUGGCAAGCUCCCCCCGUCAACCGGGCCUCAAGAGACCCCUGGAGGAUUUCAACCUUCCUCCACCCCCGACCCGCACCCGCAAAAUCAUUCAGAUGAAGCCGAAAACGCAAACCGCCCCCAAGCCGAUGCCAUCAGCCAGCAAGGCCUCCGCGAAGGAUACCGGCAAGGCUUCGUCUAAUAAUGCCGCCUCGACCAAUUCUAAGAAGAAACAACCCAGUGCGACAAGUGCGGCUGGCCGGAAGAUUGCCAGGAAAACGGCUCACAGCUUGAUUGAAAGACGGCGGCGGUCGAAGAUGAAUGAGGAAUUCGCUACCUUGAAAGACAUGAUCCCGGCUUGCACAGGGCAAGACAUGCACAAACUAGCCAUCUUGCAGGUUCGUCCGGCCCUCUACUGCUGAUGAUCUUUCUGUUUGUUGAAGUAGUUAACCGUCUUGUUUAUCCAGGCCAGCAUCGACUACGUCAACUACCUUGAACAAUGUAUACUCGAUCUGAAAACCGCUGGAAAUCGACCCACAAAAGGCCCGCCGCAGAUGCCACCCGCCCCUCCUUCCCC